AAAUUUGACUGACAUAACCCCAUAGCCCAUACUCAUACGGUAUAACGUGGAAAAUGGAUGACGAUAAUCUUUUAGUACCUGAUCAAGAAUCGCCUUCUUUCGAAGAAAUGCUGAAGACGCAUUCUCAAGAAAUCAUGAAAAUAUUUCUUCCCUUGGGGAUAACCCAGCUUGUUCUUGGAGUUGUCAUAUUGAUUGGUGGAGUAAUUAUUGCUGCUUCUUGGCCUGAUUAUGGUGCAGACAGUUCUGCGGAAGGAAUAUGGUGUGGUAUAUUGAUAGUUGUCUGUGGAGCAAUGAGCAUCACUGCGCGAUAUCAUUUGUAUUCAGGAGUAGUGAUAUCCUGUCUUGUAUUGAACAUAACUUCGGCAGUUUUGAAUGCAAUUGGAGUUGUAAUUGCUGCGAUUUCAUUUUUUGGAGCUGCAGGUCAUCAUUGGUAUGGGGGAGGAAAAUUUGUUAUAUAUACAGCGUUGAAUGGUGGACUGACUGCUUGUCUGGUAAUCAGCAUCUACCUUUCAAUUUCAUUUGGAAAAAUUUUGAGCCAGAAAAAAGAAGUUUGCUGCUUUGGUUCUUCACCCUAUAAUUAUGGUGGCUAUGCGAUGGUGUAUGUACCACCUGGGACUGAAAUGCAGCACACGCAAGUCGGAGGAGCAUUCAUGGCUGUGCCACCUGGACAGAGACAGACUCCGACUCAGCCUUGAACAUGUUUGAAAUGAACUUUCACCAAGCUUUGUAAAUGUUCAAACGCCUAUACAUACUUAUUUUUUGUUUAACAUGUCUUGCAAAGGUUAGCACUUAAGUCUUGCGUUGAACUUAUGGAAGAAAUGUGCAAUGCCCACCUUGCCGUACCUACUUUUCUGUUUAUAAAUAAAUAGUACAGCUAUUCCAUGUUGAAUUGUCUUAAAAUCUUCUAAUACAUAUAUAUGUGCAUAA